AUGGGGAUUCAGGGCCUACUGCAAUUUAUCAAGGAGGCUGCUGAGCCUGCCCAUGUGAAGAAAUACAAAGGGCAGGCAGUGGCUGUGGACACGUACUGUUGGCUGCACAAGGGCGCUUAUGCGUGUGCUGAAAAGCUGGCCCGAGGAGAGCCAACAGAUUUUUAUGUAGCUUUUUGUAUGAAGCUUGUUGAUAUGCUCCUCUCAUUUGGAAUUAAACCAAUUUUGGUAUUUGAUGGAUGCACCCUACCUUCUAAGAAGGAAGUUGAAAAGGCCCGACGAGAGAAGCGUCAAGCCAAUCUCCUGAAGGGAAAGCAAUUGUUGCAGGAAGGGAGACUGUCAGAAGCUAGAGAAUGUUUUGGACGCAGUGUAAAUAUCACUCAUGUUAUGGCUCAUGAAGUUAUUAAAGCAGCAAGAGCCCGGGGAGUUGAUUGUAUUGUUGCUCCUUAUGAAGCUGAUGCUCAGUUGGCUUAUCUUAAUAAGACUGCCAUGGUUCAAGCAAUAAUUACAGAAGACUCUGAUCUUUUAGCUUUUGGAUGUAAAAAGGUGUUUCUGAAAAUCGACAAGUUUGGAAAUGGACUAGAGAUAGAUCAAGCUCGACUAGGAAACUGCAAGCAGCUUGGAAAUGUGUUUACAGAAGAGAAAUUCCGCUACAUGUGUAUUCUUUCUGGUUGUGACUACCUCCCGUCAAUCCAUGGAAUUGGGCUAGCCAAAGCCUGCAAGCUGCUAAAAUUAGCCAACAAUCCAGAUAUUAUAAAGGUUAUUAAGAAAAUGGGGCAAUAUUUGAAGAUGAAUAUAACAGUAUCAGAAGAAUACAUACAGGGUUUUACUCGUGCCAAUAAUACAUUCCUUUAUCAAUUGGUUUUUGAUCCUGUCAGCAGAAAAUUAGUUCCUCUGAAUGCAUAUGAGGAUGAUAUUGAUCCAGAAACACUAAUUUAUGCAGGACGACACUUUGGUGAUGGUACUGCUUUUCAAAUUGCCAUUGGCAACAUUGAUAUCGACACAAUGGAACAAAUUGAUAAUUAUAACCCUGACACUGCACAGCCUGGGCAGAAGAGAAGUUGUGGCUGGAACGACAGACCUGAUAAUCAUGUAAAUAGCAUUUGGAGCAGAGACUACAAGCCCAUCCCUAAUGCAGAUACUGUUCCUCCUAAAAUGCAUUUACUAGAGAAACCGACAACCAAAGGCAUGGAGAAGAUAAUUAAUGUUAAAGGGCUAAAACUUCCAAGCAAAGAACUGUUGGCAAAACGGCCAAGGAGUGAUUUAGAAGAAAUCUCUGAUGGAGAUCUGUUGAAUCAAUAUGCAUUUUCAAAAGCAAAAAAAAUCAAGAAGGAAAGUGGUCAUGAUGGUCAAGCACAAAAGAGCGUCUCAGCAAUACAAAGCCUUGAUUCUUCAGGAAAUUCCAACACUGAGGAAAUCUCUAAAUCCCUGCCUAAAGUUAGGAAUAAAUUUGCUUCUUUUCUACAAAGGAAAAAUAAAGAGAAUGAUGCUGUAAUUGUUCCAGGAACAAGAAGCAGGUUUUUCUGCAAAGAUGCAAUUCUCUUUGAUGCUGGCUCAAAGAAAGAUGAUGAUGAUCUGACUCAAGGUGCUGAGUGGGAUUGCCAGAAAAAGGAAGUAUAUCAUGUAGCAGAAGAAGUUUCUCAGUUUUCAGAAACUGAAAAAUCAACGAGGACUCCCUUUACACCUCCUGGAGAAACACCAAAAAAUUGCUUUCGGUGGUUUAGCAGCCUCAUCAAUGGUUCAGGAAAUCCUGGUCCAUCUCGUACUGUAUUUUCACAACAGUUUCACCAGCAGGGAAACAACUGCAUGAUAUCCCAGGAAGAUCAGAUUAAUGGGGUACAAAUAGAGAGUGGGACGGUGUGCAGUGAAUUGGAGGAAGAAUCCACCCCCUUAACAGAACUGGAACAGUCAUCACAGUCUCAAAGGUCUUGUGAGCCGUCAGAAUGCAGUUCGGAGUCUUCAGAAAUACUGCAAGAAUCUGACUCCAAUGCAAAAUUGGCUACACUGUUUUCUCCCUUUCAAACUGACAGAAAAAAUAUGAUCAUAAAGACCAAGGUUCCUGGUUUACACAAACGCAGUUCUAUAGGCUCACGCAUUGUAACAAAGCUUAAGCCAUUGAUACCAGCUAAGGUAAGCGGAUUAAGCAAGAAAUUGUCACCUGUGCAGAAGAGAAAUCGCUGUGAUGCUGAAAAUAAGCUGGGACUGCAAGAUGCCAUUAGUGAACUCCGGAAAAACUUCCAAUUUAAAAGAGAGUAUGAAAGACUUCCUUCUUGCAAAAAGUCAGAUCCAUUGUCUCCAAUCAAAGAUAAUUUACAGCUCACUCCUGAAACAGAAGAAGAAAUCUUCAAUCAUCUGGAACGUAGUCAUGUUCAAAGAGCUAUAUUCCAGUGA